UUAAGCGCGAUCUCACGCAUGUGAUGGCAGCGAUCCUUUCAGCGGCCUUUGUGGCGGUAAAGACUCACUGGCCAUUCACCGUAUUGUUGUCAUCAACAUGACAAUAAAAUUGGGUAUUUUCACCUGAAUUACCAAUAGAUAACAUUUUCGUUCGAUUUAUGGAGUUUUCACCUUUGAGGGAUAUAUAUCGAGGAUCGGUGAUCACUCUUGUUUCGCCUUAAUAGCAGCACAUUGCAAAUAUCACGACGAGAAUGUUUCAAGUACAGGAUUCGCAGGUAUUUGACAUGGGACAGCCAAAAGAUUCUACAAGUUCUUUGUUGGAUUUUGUGGAUAACGCAUCUAGUAAUAUCAAAAUCGCACUGGACAGACAACCGAAGUCCAAACGGAGAGUUAACCACCGGAAGUACCUGCAAAAACAACUAAAAAGCUGUGGAAGUGUUCGACAAGACGAUACUUCUCGAAGAGCAAUGCCAGGAACUCAACAGAUUAGAUUCGUUAGAAGGGGAAAUACACAGUCCGGACUUCAGAUGAAAUCCUUGCAAGCUUUAUUUGACCCAAGAACCCUUCAUGAGAAAUGUUGUGCCGAUCCUUGUAGUAAAAGUCAAGGGUCAAAAGUACCCUUACGGAAACGAAACCUUCCGCCAUCUUUCUUCUUGGAGCCAUCAAAGCUCGAAAACAAGGAUAAUUUGUUUGAGUCUUUUGCGUCAGUUUUACCGGAUGAAUUAUUAAAUUCGCUGAAUCGUGCCCCAGAUUUAGAUACCCUCUCAUCUGAUACAUUGGACUCAAUUCUCGGGAAUAAUGACAUGCAGGACCUGCUGAAUAUCGGGCAGUGGAGCGAUUCUAGUAGGGACAGUUCAGAGAGUGGACCAUAUUCCCCGAACCCGGAUUAUGGUGUCUUAAAUAACACUGUCAAUUUCUCUGAAAUUUCGAACCCCGAAUACACAUCCGAGCACUGGUCGUCUGCUAGUUCCAACUCUCCACAACUAACGUUUAUUGAGAAUGUUUGUCACCAGACAUGCUAUCCACCACAACCUGUUGUAUUUGAACAUACAUUAUCGACAGACCCCAGUUUAACGCCUUAUAGGGAGCCUUCCAAACUCCCUACAUUUCCACAAGCCUUCUUGGGUAAAACAGACUGCUUGAAUUCAAACUCAGGACACUGGAGGGAAACAUCUUUUCAUCCAUGUUAUACAUAUCUUUGACUAAUGUACAGUUUGUUUUCUUUUUCAUAUUAUCUGUACAUGUAUCUCUUUCUGUUAUUGUUUAUUUUGAUAAUAAGGACCAGUUAACAUUACUGUUGUAGUUCGUAGUCCACUAAGUCAAUAUAUUGUUUUAUUAACAGUCAGUAAUAUUCAGGUCAAAUGACCAGAGCGCUUGCCUUAUUCGAUGUUUGAACUUAACUAAUAAAACAAAUUUCUUAAAGCGAA